AUGUUACUGCCACAUACGACCAUACCCACUGGAAUAUACGGGAUCCCGUGGGUGACCACUGGGGAAUCCUCGGUGUUGUAUGUUUUUGAUAUUUUUGCAGUUUACAUACAUGAAUCACAUGCUGUAUCUCAAGCUCAAACUCUGUACCCCUACAAUCUGGACAUAUUUAUCACUCCGCACAUCACUCUUGAUCAUGAAUUGGUGCGGCGGCCGGGAACAUGGCCCAGGCCGCAUUGA